GAAGAUGAAGCAGACUGCAGUUGGUUCUCGCUGACAAGCUCCACCAAGGAGGACCCGUGUGAGGAGAAAAUGCACCUGCUGCUGCUGUUCUAUCUCCUCCGCCGGCUCACAGGCUCAUCUGCCAUCACUGGCCCAAAAGCAGUGAGCGGCCUAGAGGGAGACUCGUUGACUGUGAAGUGUCAAUACAGCCCUGGGUGGGAGACGCAUGAGAAGUGGUGGUGCCGAGGAGCUGCUUGGAGCAGCUGCGAGUUCGUCGUUAAAACCACUGAACCAGAGAAGGAGGUGAAGAAGGGCCGCGUGUCCAUCAGGGACAAUAGGAAAAGCCGCACCAUCGCCGUGACCAUGGAGAAGCUCAGGCUAAACGAUGCAGACUCUUACUGGUGUGGGAUUGAGAAAUUUGGAACUGACCUUGGGGUCCGAGUUAAAGUGACCAUUAACCCAGCACCCAGCACAGUGCCGGCCACCACUCCUGCCACCUCUGCUAUCAACGUGUUCACAGUGUUGGUCAACCUGGAAGAGACCAGUGACUCCCUGGCUGUAACCAGCCCCGACUCCAACAGCGGCAGUGUGUUCCUGAACGCCAGCACCCUCCUUCCCUUCAUCUUUGCUGUGCUGCUUCUUCUCUUGAUGGUGACCUCACUUGUGGUUUGGAGAAAGAUGAAACAACAGAAGAAAGCUGCUGAGAUAUCCCCAGAGCAGGCGCUUCAGCCCAAGGAGGGCGACAUCUGCUACACAAACCUGAGCCUGCAGCAGACUGAAAACUCUGGGUCGUCCCAGAAGAAGGCUUCCACGAGGUCCUCUUCCCCCGCCCAGGCCAACGCGGAGGAAGUGGAGUAUGUCACCAUGACUCCCUUUCUCAGGGAGGACAUUGCCCGUGCAGCUCUGUCUUUGGAAACCUCAGAUCAAGAGCCAAUCUAUAGCAACAUGGAGCACCUCAUCACCCGCAUUCCCAGCAGGAGCCAUGAGGAACCCACGGAAUACAGCGCCAUCAGGAAGCCUUAGCCUGCACUCCAGGGGCCCCUCUCAGACCCACUCGAGGCCUCUGAGAGGGAGGCAAGAAGGUCACAGAAGAGAAGACAGUGUGAUGGUGGGAGCAAAGGUCGGAGUGAUGCAGCCAGGGCCCGCAGAACGCCGCAGCCUCCAGGAGCUGAAGAGGCAGGAACUGAUCCUCCCCAGAGCCCC